GCGCGGUGUCAGCGAGGACCAGGCUCCGGACGAACAGGCGCCCCUCUGUGUCAGGCAGAACAGUCACGCCUUGUGUCUGUGACAUGUUUGUCCAUCUUCUCGGUGCAGGAGCUGACACUUCUUUCUCAGAGGCCCGGGUCGUGACUAGCAGCGGGCACCAGGCCUGUUGUUUUCUGCAGGUGCCCCCUGGACCUGGACCCUUGGCCCUUUAUCUGCAGGGGGGGCUCAGUCUGACUAAACAGAGGGCUGGCUAAUGAUUCACAGCCUUAACCCCCUCACUGCUGAAGCACAUGCCGCUGACCGGCUGAGCCCUGGAUCAUCACCCUCGUGGUAAUCUCAUAAUCUCAUGAAAGGGUUACAGGCGGGGUCACGCCACAUCAUGGCCGGACGAAGGAUGGGGAUCACUCAGCCGACCCUCACCGCAGCCCUACUUACCUGCAUUAUACCAACAGCAGUAAUCUCACACAUUACACCUCCCGUCCUCCAUAACUGCGCCGUUUUCCAGACAUCAGGGAUUUUCCAGGAUAAUAACCUCCAGGCGCAGUUCCUGCUCUUCACCCCCAGGAACCCAACAUGUGCUGAGCUCAUCCAGGUCAACGAGACGCAGAGCAUCGAGAACUCGGCCUUCAAUGCGACCCUGGACACCAAGGUCCUCAUUCAUGGCUUCAGGGCUUUGGGCACGAAGCCAUCUUGGACCGACAAUAUGGUGGACUCUCUGCUCGCUGCUGGGGCGGUUAACGUGGUGGUGGUGGACUGGGUGUGUGGUGCCACAGCUAAAUAUAACCAAGCAGUUGAAAACGUGCCAAGACUGAGCUGGGAGGUGGUGGCACUCAUCAAUCGCCUUCGGGAAUUGGGGUCUACAGAGGGGUCUUUUCACUUGAUCGGAGUUUCCCUGGGCGCUCAUGUUGCCGGCUACGUAGGACAUCACUUUGGUGGCCGCAUUGGAAGGAUCACAGGUCUGGAUCCUGCUUCUUACAAGUUCACACACAUCGGCCCGGAGGAGAGGCUGGACCCAAGCGACGCCAUGUUUGUGGAGGCCGUGCACACGGACACAGACAACUUUGGUAUCCGCAUCCUUGUGGGACAUGUUGAUUACUUUAUCAAUGGCGGCCGGGACCAGCCAGGAUGUCCACCCUUACGAAAGCUGUACGAGUACAUGAUCUGUGAUCACAUGAGAUCGGUCACCAUCUUCAUCAAUGCAUUGCGGGGGAUCUGCUCAUACGUUGGAUUCCCUUGCUCAAGCUACCAGACGUUCCAAGAGGGUCACUGUGUGGAUUGUCAGACGUCUGAGAUGUCCUCCUGCCCUCAUAUAGGAAUGAAUAACCUCCCGAUUCCUCCAGAGGUUGUACACAGCACCGCCAUCCCCGGGGCGGAGAACUCCACCUCCGCAGAAGGUAACGAGAGGAGGUACUCCACCCCCGAAGUCAGCCAAGUCCCAGUGUUCCUGCUGACAACAAAGGGGGAGCCGUACUGUGCUCAUCACAUUUUACUGGAGUUUAUUCUGACGGAACCAAAAGAGAACAAAAUCACCAUAGAGGUCCAACUGAUCAGCACCAAGGAGGGCACCAGCCAAACAAAGAUCACAGUGCCCAAGCACACCCUGAACGGUCGGGGCCUGGCCGGCCACGGGACGCCCCUCUGCCGAGUUGACAUGGUGGUCGUGCGCUCCAGCAGCUCAUGGUUAAGAAGAAGAAAAGAGUUCAGCGGGACGCUGUGCCUGGCGGAGCUGCCCAUGGGCGGCAGGCAGAUGGUUUGUUUGCCGACGUUCGCGGACGGAGGACGUCAGACCCUGAAUUUAGCUGAGAGCAGAAGCCGCCUCUGCCAGUGACCGACCACCCCCUGACCACCUACCUGCUGUACAUAGACCAGGAGACACCGGCGAGGAGGUGACGUCUGUACAGGGCCGGUCAUCGUGUCACCAGUGAGGACAGAUUUCUAGCUGUCAGUGAGUGGAAACAUUAUUUCCUUGCCACUUGCCUUGUACUUCUCACAGCUGAGGUUUGUUACAAUAGAAUCUGGUCUGGAGAAUCCUUUCCAGAUUGAUCCAUUUUCCUUCCACUGAUACUCACAGCAAGCUGAAUGCAUAACAGACUUGGUGUUUCAGACCUGCUUGCUGUCUGUGAAUGAAAAUAUUCGUAUCUUCAUCCAGAGACUGAGAACAGGUCUCGACCUCAUACAUCUCACAGCUGAGGGUUUGUUACAAUGUACUCUGUCUGGACCACGCUACGUCAGCAGCACAGAUCUCACUCCUCUCCUGAUAGUUUGUUACAAUGUAUCAGGCUGGAGUCCAGGCUUUUCUUCCCUAGUCUGGAUACAAUUGCAACAAACCCUCAGCUGCGAGACGUAUUAGGCAUGGAUUGUGUUCCUAUUCUCUCUCAGCAAGCAGAGGUCUUGAAAAUGUUGAGGAAAGGAAACACAAACUGACAAAGUUCCACUUUUUACCAAAUGCUUUGUGUCAUUUUAAUAAAGUUUAUUCGUAUUGUAAA